AUGGCGAACGAGGAACAACGCAGGGCCUUUGCGUCUUAUAUGGGCACUGCCAGCUCCGGUGGUGGCCAAGCAGUCCCCGAGUACCCCGGCGCCGUCGCUCAACCGGGCAAUCCAUUUCUGUAUUCUGGUGGCUUUGCUCAAGGCGGAUUUGGUCAAGGUGGUUUCAGUCAGAGCGGCAUUCCUCAACGCCCACCACCACUAGGUGCAAGUGGAGCUCCUCAGGAACAGCAAUCGAUGCGUGCACCUGUCGCGCCAGGGGAAUAUGCCAAUAUACCAAGCAACUACACCAGUCAGCCACCGCCUCUUCCAACGUAUAACGCGGGCUACCAGUAUACCGAUCCGAUGGCGCCGUCAGAUAGACGUACAAGCGCUGCGAUGGGUACCAUGACAGCACCACGCAAUUUCUCAGGAGAGAUUGUGGAGUCCAGACAAAAGCAGACGGAUGAGUACUACCAUUAUCAGCAGCACAGCUAUCCUCCCGCGCCUCCAGGGCCGACAGCACCUCAGCAUAUCCAGAAUCAGACUGUGCCAGUUUUGCUGUGCCACACAUGCAGUGAGUGUGGCAAGAUGCGCUCAGCAGGAUUCCAUCGUAACAACCCAGUCAUUCCGGGCAAGCCUGUGGUUACUAGUUCAUGUCGCAGAUGCAAAAAGAAAAUGAAGAGUAAGCGUCGCUCGGAGAGCAGCUACACUCGUAUCAGGACAUGCAUCGCCGAUGAACCAUGUGACUGGCCUAGGGAGGCCGUUCAUAUUGACAUGAACAGUAGUGAGCGUCGUGGCAGGCGCCAGAGUCGCGAGGAGGUCUACUUAGCCAGGCAUUCUCCCAGUCGUCCUCGUAUCGUCAGAGAAGGCACAAGUCAAACUAGGAUAGGACUGCGAGUACAGCAGCAGGACUACAGCCCGGCGCGCGUACAAAGGAGGGAAACGAUAGCUAGAGUCUCUUCGUUGAGCCCACGUCGAGCUUCAAGGUAUGGCGAAGUUUGGCCCCCGCCAGAUGUUGUUCGUAUGAGACCAAGAUCGGAUGAAAUCUACGCCACACCAACACAGCUUCCUCGUCCUAUCCCGAGAUCUGACGAGGUAUGGCCUCCACCAGAUGUUGUCCGUACUCACUCGGGUAGGAAGGUUUCACCGACCCGUCAGAACUCCAGGAUCAUCGAACUCAGUCCGUCGCCUCCACCCAUACGUACUAGGUCUAGGAGGUUCGUCUACCAUAGUGAAUCCCAAGAGAGGCGCCCAAGAAUCCAGAGCGUGUCUCCAGCUCGUGGACGUGUCAGUACUCGUGAAGAGCGACGGAGCGACGCUGAGCUUAGGAUGGCGUCGCAUCCUAGGCCAUACCGAGCAUUGAUGCCAGAUCAGCGGGAGUACGUGAGGGAAUCCGAUGAAACUUCUACAAACCUUGGGUCUGGGUCUCAGGGACGCAUGGACUCACCAAAUCGCGGUAUUCUGAAGCCAUCAGGAAGGGAUUUUGAGACGGCUUACAGGCGAAGAACCACCUUACGCGAUAGUCAGCAAAGUACCUCUGUCGAAGUUGGAGGGCCUCGA